GAAGCGCUACGUUUGGGUGCGGAACUCUUCGUCGUUUUCAGCGUCGGAGAAGUUGGGAGUGCUUGUUGAUCCCAGAGCUCCGGUUUGGGAUCUGGUCUUGUGUGUGCGAACAAGUGAGGACGUCUGCUGUCUGUCCGUCUAGAGAAUGCUGUGUUAAUGACAGUAAUGACACAACCACCGCCUCCGUCCUAAUAGCAACUGUUACCUAUGUGCCAGUCUCUGUUCUGAGAGCCCUUCGCGUACCCCGUGUGGAGGAACCUUUGUAGGAACCCUGCCAGGCAGGUGUUGUAGCCUGUGUUACUGUUGAGGAAACGGAGACGCAGCUAGCAAGGCAAUGAUCUAGUCAUGUCGGAUAAAAAUGAUAUUGAAACUCCAGUGGUAACUGAAGCAACCUCCAUCCUUGAAGAUGAGAAGUAUGAGCCAGCCAAGAGUUCUGAGUCUGCUGACCAAAGUGUCAAGCCAGAGGAUAAAUCGGAACCUGUAGUUUUCACUCGGAAAAGACCAGAAUCCAAACCUUCUAUCGAUCUUGAGACUCCAGAAGUUCUCCCUGUUGAGGCAUCACAGGCUGCAGGCAAAGAGACUGUUUCCAAAGAUGUACCUCAGACUGGAUGGGGAUAUUGGGGCAGCUGGGGCAAAUCCUUACUCUCUUCAGCCUCAGCUACAGUAGCUACAGUAGGCCAAGGUAUUUCAAAUGUCAUUGAGAAGGCAGAGACUUCUCUUGGAAUUCCUAGUCCCAGUGAAAUUUCAGCGGAAGUCCAGUGUGCAACAGGACAGACAAAUGCCAAAGAUAAUGCAAACUCCUCCCCAUUGACUGGGCCAUUUGGUGUAUUCUCAACCAUCUCUACUGCUGUUCAGACCACAGGAAAGAGCGUAAUCAGUGGGGGUUUGGAUGCCUUAGAAUUCAUUGGGAAAAAGACAAUGGAUGUAAUAGCAGAAGGGGAUCCUGGAUUUAAAAGAACGAAGGGUCUGAUGAACCGGAAUUCUACAUUGUCUCAGGUUUUACGAGAGGCAAAGGAGAAAGAAGAGCUAUGGACCUCCAAUGAGGUUGCCUUGGAAACAGACAAGAAAACUCAUUAUGGGCUACUCUUUGAUGAAUUUCAAGGCCUUUCGCAUCUGGAAGCUCUGGAGAUGCUUUCCCGAGAAAGUGAGAUGAAGGUGAAAUCUAUUCUUAAUUCUCUAAGUGGAGAAGAAUUAGAGACUCUAAAACAUGAGUUGGAGCAACUCAAGGAAGCAUUUUCCCUAGCAGAGUUCUGUGAGGAAGAGGAAGAAGAGAAAAAAGGGGAUGAAGACUUUACCAAAGAGAUAACAGAGCUAUUUUCCCAGCUUCAUGUCUCCUCCAAACCUGAGAAGCUUACCAGGGCAAGAAAUAAUGCCUAUGAAUGGAUGAGUGCAUCUCUGGCCAAGCCAUUAGAAGAGAAGGAAGAAGGAGAAAAACAGUUGGAAACAGAAAAAACUGAGCAAAUCAGUAAAAAUUCAAUAGAGGAUAUCCAUGCAUUUGCUAUCCGGAGCCUAGCAGAAUUGACUGCCUGCUCAAUUGAACUGUUUCACAAAACAGCGGCUCUGGUUCUGCAUGGCCAGAAGCAGGAAGUGACAGCCUUAGAAAGGAGCAGAGCCCUUUCCCAGAUGACAGUUGUACUGUGUAAGGAGUUGUCUUCUCUGUCUAAAGAGUUCACCACCUGCCUAACAACUGCCGGGGUCCAAGAAAAGGCAGACAUCCUUAAUCCCCUAAUCACUGCUGUAUUUCUAGAGGCAUCAAACAGUGCUUCCUAUAUUCAGGAUGCCUUUCAGCUGCUCUUACCUGUGCUGGAGAUCUCUCUCAUUGAGAACAAGACCGAAUUACCAGAGGCAUGAGCUGCAGGCUCAGGACCUUCGUCAGAACGUUGAAGAAUAGAGAAGACUCAACCCAAAACUUGUAAUGGCCAAGAAUGCCACUCUCUCUUGGGUACCCCUGAAAAAGCGAAGGAGAAAGGAUUAUUUUUAGUGUAUAGGAUUUAGGCAGGAAAGCAGGUAUUCAAAGGUUUGCUGCCUUCCCUGCUUGGCUGAAGUAUUCAGGUCUUCACACUGCUCUUCCGAGCUGUUACAAUUAUUAAAUUAUUUGAAAAGAAACUUUUAUAGAAAGUUCAAGAAUGAUAGCUCUAGAUAAAGGUUAAUGGAAUAUUCAGGCAAAAAUAUUGGUCUUUCUUGGACAUGAUGCGAAACACUAAUAGUUUUGUCAUGGUUAUAUAUGAUUUUGCAGCCCAUGGAUAUAAUUGGUUUGAAGCGAGAGAAAGAACAAUUUAGUAUUCUACAAUUCAUGUGCUCGAUCUAUUAAUGCCAUGUCCUUUCUCCUUUCUAUAAUAAAAUCUGUGGCUUUGAGAAAACGGUAUAUAGAAACUGUAAUGAUCACCUUUAAUUGCCUAAAUUCUUGGAAUUCGUUAGGAAGUUUCACGUGCUCUUAAAUUCUCAGUAGGUAUUUGGUACUGAGGAAAUGUACUUGAAGCCACAUGAAUUAACUACAGCAAAGUGCCCUUUGGCUUCAAAUUGUUCUCCUACCCUGAGGUGACAGGCUUCAGUUAUAAUUGAGCCCCACUCGCCUGGGUUCCAGACCAAUAAGUGCACCUUAGAGAAACAGUUUCGUGUUUGCAGGGAUCGGUAUUCCGAGUCCCUCCAGGAUGUUUCUCACGCACACGUUAUGUGCAGGAGAAAUUCUGUAAUGCCAGCUCCAAAGGAGUAUGGAAGUUCUUUCAGUAAUGGGGUUUUCAUUAUUUGAACAUUGCUGAAGGGGACUAUACAGUCCCAUAGAGAUGAUGUUCAUUUAUAACAGGAUUUAACCUGUAUGACACAAUUUGGUUUUCUUUAAUCUUUUUUGUUUUGUUUUAAUGUAUUCCUUAGCAUGUUUAUAAAUACAGCUUUUAUCCUUCAGAUCUUAAGCCUUCUUUUGCUCUCUUCAACAAUGUAAGAGGCUAAUACGGUGUUAUCUUCGUAAAAGUUAUUUGGUGUCCACUCUUUUUAAAAAAGAAGUCUCCAGCUUUGUGGUUGGAGGUAACUUUUCUGAGUGCUACUGCUCAUCUUCUAAAACCUUUAAAUAAAAUAAUUGUGUUGGUCAGUCA